AAUUAAGAGAGAAGGAUACACCGAGUGCUUAGAAGAGUUAGAGAGUAGUAAUCAAAUCUACGCCACUUCCGAAGUCAUAUAGUAAGUGCACGUAUACUUCCAUCACAACUUCGGCCAAUUCUAAAGAUAACGGUUAUAAAAAAGUCCGAACUGCAAUCAGGAAAAGUUUGAUUUGGUUCGGGUAACGAUACGCAUUCACAGAGGUUAGUUGAACUUCCUAUUCUCAGGUCAAACUUUUUUCCGUGUAAUUUUCAUUCAUUAUAAAAUAGUUUUUUUAUAUUAAAUUCAUAUCGUUCUUCUUAUUGCUGAUCAACGUUGAAUAAAGUGGUACAUUGGAACGAAAUUUCUAAAUUGAAUAUUAAUUACCGCCGUCUGCCAUGAGUUCCAUUUCUGUUUAUAUUUCGACAGACUCUGGAGGUUCUGGUUCUACGGCUUCAAAUAAUUCUGGUACGUCUUUCGGGGCUUCUUCAGUUGAUUCUAGUGUUGGUCAUGAUCUGGUUCCGAGCAAAAACGGAGCUUCUGACGCUACAGAGCUUCAGUCAGCCUCGGGUUCCAGUUCUGUUUCAGAAAGGUCGGACUCUAAGUUCACUUCCUUGACUUCGUCGUCAAAUGGCUCGGUGUCGCCGUUGGUGGAAUCUGCCAAUGUAAGUUUGCCAAAGUCAUUCUACCAGAAGCUCACCAAAAGUGAACAGCUCAACAGCUCAAUAAUUACCCAUGGUUAUGUACAUGGACAUAUUCACAAACACGGAGACCAUACACAUAUCCAUGGCCAUAUCCAUAAUCAUGACCACGACCACCAUAACAGCGUGACCAAGCAACCAUCUACGACUACGGUAGCCGACGAAUCUUGUCAGGAAUUUGACGAUCUCGACUUGUGCACUGACAUUUUCUGCGAUGAGUUGGACGACUGCUUCUUCUUGAACUGUGACGACUCAAAAAACUCCUCUUGUCAGAACCACGGAUGUUGUGAUAACUCAGGAGACUACUUGGAAGAAAUAUGCUGUAACGACAUCCACUGCAUUGAAGAUAGCAGUUCUGAUAUACCUGCUGAUAAAAAUAAUACUGACUUCUGCUGUGGCAACUCAAAUUGUCCCAGCUACUCUGUCUGUCAUGGUGGCACUGUCUCGUCGACAAGCACUACGGAAGCUAUUUGCAACGAUCCUCAGUGUGUUUCAGAUUCCAACACGUCUAUAGUCUAUGAUUGUUGCGAUACGACAACUCCAGGAUAUCCGAGUAACCAUCAGAAUAAUCUAUGCGAUCUACAAUUAUCUAAGAAGCCCAUGUUUGCAAACUUAAUCAAUGGCGUCCAUCAAAAUUUGGACCAAAUAGCAACGGAAUCAGACGAAAUACAAUUGCAAGCUGCAAAGAAAAGAAAGCUAGCCGAUAAAAACUUUGAAAUCCAUUUCCCACAUCAUUGCCACCAUUCCGAUAAUCCAGAGCAAUCAACAGCUCCGGGCCAUCAUCAUUUCCACCAAUCCUGUUUUCACACAACAAUUCAAAAUGAUUCCACUGCAGUAGCCUCUGAUUCAGAACCUGCUAACAAGUUGAUGUCUGAUUUUGACUUCUACAUUCAGUUCAAUAAUUUCAAUCAAUUUUUGAACAACUCGCAACCACUGCAAAAUAAUAAUCGAACAUUCCAGAAACAAGAACCCUCUAUUGAAUAUUUGCAUAAUUUUCAAGGAGCGCCAUUCGAGAGCAGCUCUGAACUGUACUCUUGUAAAUGGGACAAGUGUUUCGAAAAAUUGACUGACGAUACAUUUUUGAAGCAUUUAAUCGGACAGCACAUUGGCCAAGAAUAUGGCAUGCCCACCAACAAUAAUUCGAACAAUAAUUCGAACAAUACAGUCAACCCAGCACAGACAUUAUAUCAAUGUGAAUGGAACGACUGUGAUUACAUAAACUCCGAUCUAAAUUCAUUGAUAGACCAUAUUGUCACACACAAGGGAGACAAGAUCCAUGAAAUAUAUUCGCAAGAUUCAUUGGUUCCUCUCAAGAGUCAAAAUCAUCUUUUGACCCCAAGUUCCUCGAAAUCUGGCUUAUCCUCUCCUACAUUAAUGACAUCUCCACCAAUAUUACCAAAUAGUCCUCGAAAAUUCGACGACCUCAAUAUUACGUCUAUAAAAAUUAUGCCGAAAAAGAAUAGUAGCAGCAGUAUUCAUCCAGAAGAUCCCAACUUCACUUGCAAGUGGCAAAUUGGUGUUGAUAGUGACAGAAAUCCAAUUCCCUGCAACAAAAUUCAUGCCAAUGCGGGAGAAUUACAACAGCAUUUGGUGGAUGAACAUAUUGGCUCAGGAAAAUCCAUCUACAGCUGUGACUGGAUUGGCUGCGAAAGGCAUAAUGGGAAAAUGUUCACCCAGAGACAAAAGGUCUGGAGGCAUAUCCAUGUUCAUACCAAUUUCAAGCCAUGUAAAUGUGAAAUAUGCGGAGCUACUUUUGCUGUUGAUUCGAUGUUGAAACAACAUAUGAGAACGCACUCCGGUGAAAAACCAUUCAGCUGUUCCAUAUGUGGAAAGAAAUUCGCAACCAGUUCAUCGUUGUCUAUUCACAACCGAGUUCACACAGGAGAAAAGCCGUUGGCGUGCAAAUGGCCUGGCUGCAAUAAGCGGUUCAGUGAAAGUUCAAACUUGACAAAGCACAUGAAAAUACACUUUAAGACCUUCAAGUGUGAGAUUUGUGACGAAGAAUUCGAGAAGAAACCCGAUUUCACUAAGCAUAUGAAGUCGCAUAAGGUUGAAGGUGAGGAUUUCGAAGAUAUGGAAUUAAAAUCGCAAUUGUCAAAUAGCUGAAAUCUACAAGGAAAUGUACAUCGCUAAACCU